CUCAACACAGCGAAGUGCCGCUCCUCUAUCGUUGCUGUGCCUUUCUUUUCAAUUAUUAAUGGCCACCACCAUGCCGGUUCUCACCCGGUUCUCCCCUGGCUCUCCCAGCUCUUCCCCACCCUAUCCUUCAAUUUUUUCUUCCGUGUUUUCGCUGUUCUUAAUAUCUUGUGAUCUUCGAUUUCAUUAUCUCGGUACAACAUUAGACCACAUAUCGCAGUCAUCAGUUCCUGGCUUACGGAAACCUGUCCCACCGAAUCGGGUCAAACGCCAACCAACCGGGUCGCACAAUCACGUUGUGCUCGCGAGACCGACCAAAAAACGAUGGGCCGUGCGAGGAAUCUUAAUGAAACCUCACGUUUAUCUGUCAACGACGAUAUCCGGUCAACGGCUUACGACGAGAAACCCGAAAAGCAGCCCUCAGAAUCCUCAGAUUCAAUACAGAGCUACUCCCGCGAUGAAGUUGAGAAUGUAGAUGCAGAGGAAGAGAGGAACGAUCAUGUGACUGAUAGCACGAACCCGACUGGGGGUUUAGAGCCGGUGGAAUCGAAGCAACCGAGCGUGAACAAUGUGGCGGCGAUACCAGAUGGUGGGUUUUGGGCCUGGUUGCAGGUUUUAGGGGCUUUCUUUUUAUUCUUUAAUUCUUGGGGAAUAAUAAAUACCUUCGGCUCAUAUCAGACCUACUACGAAACCGACCUCCUUCCAGACUCCACCCCUUCCGCAAUUUCAUGGAUUGGCUCCACUCAGGCCUUCUUGCUGCUCAUCGUCGGAGCCAUCACAGGUCCAGUCUACGAUGCCGGGCACUUCCGCAUUCUUCUCGUUAGUGGCUCCUUUAUGCUCGUCCUUGGUCAGAUGAUGCUCAGUCUAUGCAAAGAGUACUACCAAGUACUUUUGGCGCAGGCAUUCUGCAUUGGCAUUGGGUGCGGUGCGCUAUUUGUCCCUAGUGUUGCAAUCUUGAGUACGUAUUUCAGUACAAAGGUUGCCACGGCCGUUGGAAUUGCGGCAGCUGGCAGCUCUCUAGGUGGUGUCAUCUACCCUAUAGUCUUCCACAAACUCCUCCCCCAAAUCGGAUUCGGGUGGACAACUCGCGUCAUCGGCUUCAUAAUCCUUGGCACCAUGGUCAUCCCGAACGCUUGCAUGCGCGUGCGCGUCCUUCCCGCCAAAAAGCGUUCUCUCCUCGACCUCGCCGCCUUCAAACUCCUCCCCUACACCUUCCACUGCUUAGGUUUCUUCCUCGGCUUCGUCGGCCUCUACAUGCCAUUCUUCUACUCCCAAGUCUAUGCCAUCGAACAACACAUCGUGUCGCCCGAUCUGGCCUUUUACCUCCUCGCUGUCAUGAACUCGACCUCUGUCUUUGGCCGCAUCAUCCCCAAUUGGCUCGCCGAUAAAGUCGGCCCCUACAACGUCGUUAUUCCUUGUACCCUCGUGUCUGGAAUUCUCUGUUUCUGCUUCAUCACUGCGGACACGUCUGCGGGUCUUAUUGUGCUGAUCGGAUUCUACGGUUUCUUUUCUGGAACGUUUGUUUCGUUACCGCCGACGAUUAUCGUGCAUUUGAGCCUCGAUGCCAGACAUAAAAUUGGCACAAGACUGGGGCAGAGUUUUGCGUGUAUAGCAUUGGGGUUGUUGAUUGGGACUCCGAUUGGGGGCGCGAUAUUGGAUGCCAGUGGGUAUAAUGCAGUGUGGGUGUUUGGGGGGACUAUGUUGUUGGGUGGGGCGGUGGUAUUGACGUUAUCGAGGGGCUUUUAUAAGGGUUAUGGGCUGGGGAUAAAAGCUUAGGGGUUUGGAGAAGUUUGGGAAUCUACAUAGGUUUUGUAUAUAUAGGGUGUAUAUGAAGUAUUUAGCUGUAUGAGCUGGUGGUUCAUACAGUUCUGUGGCGAGAGCCCAAAAACUUUCCGAAUUGCGUCGUUUACUGCGAUAUUCUAAUCCGAACUGCGG